AAGCUAUUAACAGCAUAUACAUCUGUGUGCCCUUGUUUACAAAUUGUUUCUCCUUUUUCACUCUCAAAAGGAACCCAACAUUUCUUUGUUAUCGUCUUCCCCAUUUUCACAAGAACUCACAUAAGAUUUUAUAGUUAUGGAUAUGGGGAAUGGCACAGGACCCGGGAUGUCGGGGGCUUUUAGUGGAGGCGGAGACGAGAUGAUGGGAAUGGGAGGUGGCGGCGACGUAAUGACGGGAAUGGUUGGCGGUGAGGUUACGGAGAUGAGUCCUGAAGUAAGAUGGAUAUUUGAGAUGGCUUGGUAUGGUGAAACUGUAAGAGACGAUGGGUUGAUUUGCGAGGAGCAUCCCCCUAAGCUGUCUUCAGAUGGUAUUUGGGAGAAACUUAUUGUGAAAACGGCAGGUCUUUAUUUUUGGCACUAUCGUCUUCCGAAGCUCGAGAUUGUCAUCUUGCUCGUCUUUUUCCUUUGGCAAGCCUUUAAUAUCCUGUUCAAGAAAUUACGUCUUUCUGUUCCCAAGUUCUCCUCUAUGAUGCUCGCUGGGCUACUCUUGAAUGUUGUAGUUACUUUAUCGGGAGACAACUCGCUCAUUGGGGAGAUCUUAGUCACCAAAAACAGAGUCGACAUAGCAGCACUCCUUGGAUCAUUUGGAUUCUUGAUUUUCUGGUUCCUCAAAGGUGUGAAAAUGGACGUCAAGAGAAUCAUCAAGGCUGAAGCAAAAGCAAGAGUCACUGGAGUUGCAGGGGUUAUUUUCCCUAUACUUGUUGGCUUCUUGCUUUACUCGCUCAAAUCAGCUGAGAAUCGACCGCUCAGUACCAACGAGUAUGACAUAAUGCUGCUAAUGGAAAGCAUCACAUCCUUCUCGGGGAUCGCAAGACUCUUGCGCGACCUCGGCAUGAACCAUUCAUCUAUUGGCCGGGUCGCUUUAUCCUCAGCCUUAGUCUCUGAUAUAACUGGACUCCUGCUCUUGGUGGCGAACGUCUCUAGAGUUGCAAAUUCUUUUGGUGAUGGUCUGUCUAUACUUUUUGAGAUAUCCUUAUUUCUCGUCAUUGCGUUUGCGGUUGUGAGGCCGUUAAUGUUCAAAGUAAUCAAGCGGAAACGAGAAGGGAGACCAAUCGAAGACAAAUACAUCUACGGGAUUCUCGUCUUGGUUUGCUUAUCUUGUAUGUAUUGGGAAGAUCUCAAUCAGUUUCCUCCACUUGGAGCCUUCUUUCUUGGUCUCGCCAUUCCCAAUGGACCUCCUAUUGGAUCUGCAUUGAUCGAACGAUUAGAGAGCUUCAAUUUUGGUAUCAUAUUGCCUCUCUACGUAUCAGCCAUUAUGCUCAGGACUGAUAUCACUUCUUGGAAAGGCUGUUUGACAUUCUUUAGCAGCGAUGAUAAGAAAUUUGCAGUUGCGUCUCUCAUCUUGCUCAUCUUCUUGUUGAAGCUCUCUGUCUCAGUGAUUGUACCUUACCUCUAUAAAAUGCCGUUGAGAGAUUCUAUUAUCCUUGCCCUUAUCAUGUCUCAUAAGGGUAUUAUCGAACUCAGCUUCUACCUUUUCUCUUACAGCCUCGUGAUGGUAAGCAAAGAUACAUUCUCAAUCCUAGUCUUGUCCAUUGUCAUCAACUCUGUGUUCAUACCAGUGGUGAUCGGGUUUCUCUACGAUCCAUCUAAGCAAUUCAUGUGCUACCAAAAGAGAAAUUUAGCGAGUAUGAAGAACAGUGGAGAGCUAAAGACUCUUGUGUGCAUCCAUAGACCAGACCACAUAUCUUCCAUGAUCAACCUUUUAGAAGCUUCUUAUCAAUCGGAAGAGAGCCCUCUCACUUGCUACGUGCUUCACCUCGUCGAGUUACAAGGUCAAGACGUUCCCACUUUGAUCUCACACAAAGUUCAGAAACUCGGAGUCGGGUCUGGAAAGAAAUAUUCCGAAAACGUCAUCCUCUCUUUUGAACAUUUCCACCGUUAUGUCUGCAGUUCCAUUUCCAUAGACACAUUCACUUGCAUUGCAAACGCGAACCAUAUGCAGGAUGAUAUUUGUUGGCUAGCUCUUGAUAAAGCUGUCACACUUAUCAUUCUUCCUUUCCACCGGACUUGGUCACUUGACCGAACAUCCAUUGUAUCCGACGUUGAGAUGACCCGAUUUCUCAAUAUCAAUGUCUUGAAACAAGCUCCUUGCUCUGUUGGCAUUCUUAUCGAACGCCAUCUCGUUAACAAAAAGCAAGAACCGCAAGAAAGCCUUAAGGUGUGUACCAUAUUCGUGGGAGGAAAAGACGAUAGGGAAGCGCUGGCCUUUGCGAAGCGAAUGGCCCGACAAGAGAACGUAACAUUAACAGUUCUACGCCUCCUGGCAUCGGGAAAGAGCAAAGAAGCAACAGGAUGGGAUCAAAUGCUUGACACAGUGGAACUAAGAGAGUUGAUGAAAAGCAACGAUGCCGGAACAGUAAAUGAAGAAACAUCAACAAUUUACUUGGAACAAGAGAUAUUGGAUGGAGCGGAUACGUCAAUGCUUCUACGUUCCAUGGCUUUCGAUUAUGAUCUUUUCGUCGUGGGAAGAACCUGUGGCGAAAACCACGAGGCGACUAGCGGUAUAGAGAAUUGGUGUGAGUUUGAGGAGCUUGGAGUCAUUGGUGAUUUCUUGGCCUCGCCGGAUUUUCCAAGCAAAACAUCGGUAGCAGAAAGAAAAACUUUGAAGAAUGUUUUGAACCUUAAAGGCGUGUCUAUAGACGUUGGGAUGCUUAUAAAAACCGAACCGAGGGCUGCUUUAAUCGGGUUUACUACAGUGGUCAUCCCGUGUAUAUCCGGUUACAUUCUAAUGAGGACUAGGAAACAUUUUGGGAAGUUGGCAAUGGCGGAACUUCAGUACCAAGAAAUCAUAAUAUUGCAAAGUUUGUCAUCAUCUGCUGGUGUGAAUGGGCUCUUGACAGAUCUCAAGAUCAACCAUUCCGAGUUUGGACGAAUGGUUCAGUCUUGUGCCGCGGUCACUGACUUAUUCUCAACAUAUGGCAGGUUUGUUAUCGGUUUGGCUACCCUGGCUGGGCCUCCACUCGGAUCUGCUCUCAUUCAGAGAUUCAAAUGUUUUAACGUUGGCGUUCUCUUGCCGCUCUUGCUUCCGCAAUGUCAUCCAACUAUGAUUUGUUUAUAGUUGGAAGAAGUAGCGGAAUGAAUAGCACGGUUACAA